AGGGUCCCAAACACCCUCUAUCAAAAAAACAAGUAGAAACGUAACCUUAUUUGGCUGAGUUAGGUUUUUUUUUUUCAUCUUCUUUCUCUGGAUCCUCACUCAUCAUCUCUCUUAUAACGACUGCCGAUUGUAGACCAGAAGGCAGUAGCUUUUUAAGAAAUGGGUUCUUUAUAUUGCCAAUUGAAGUUGAAAAGGGUAUUCUAGAAUUCAGGAAAUGAGUGUGAUCUCAAGCUUAAGGAAUCAUUUACUUAAUGGGUUAUGCAGAAGAGGUGUUCCUUGUUCUGUGAUAGCAUUGAAUGGGUGUAAUUUUAAUGUGGUGUCUCGACGACACCUUACUCAACCUGCAAGGAAAGAGGAAGAAGAGGAUUACGAAGAAGUAGAGUUUGAUCAAAGGAAGCUUCCAGCUGAUUAUGAUCCGGCAACUUUUGAUCCUUCAAUGCACCGGAGUCCUCCCACCGAUCGGGUUUUUAGGCUUGUAGAUGAAAUAUCUGCGCUUACAUUGGUUGAAGUUGCAGAGUUAUCAUCAAUUAUGAUGAAAAAAUUGGGUAUGAAGGAGCCCCCAGUUGUGGGGGUCAUGAAAGCAGGAGCUGCUAGAAUGGCAAUGAAGGCACCAUCGGCAGCCAAGGAAGAGGAGAAGAAACCUGAAAAGACUGUAUUUGAAUUGAAAUUGGAGUCGUAUGAGGCAGCUUCGAAAAUUAAGAUAAUCAAGGAGGUCAGGAGUUUAACCGAAUUGGGUCUCAAAGAAGCAAAGGAUUUAGUGGAGAAGGCACCUGCAGUGUUCAAAAAGGGCGUGUCAAAAGAAGAGGGAGAGCAGAUAAUUGAGAAGAUGAAAGCUCUCGGGGCAAAGGUCAUUAUGGAAUGAAAUCGAGAAGAUGUCCCUCGUAGGUGUAGACCAUGGUCCGGACGGCGUUGGCACGUCAGACAUUUCCUCCAACAACUUUCUUGAAACCACAGAACUCCAAACCUUAUGCAUGAUGAGGACUGUGCCCUUCAACAGAGGGCCUAGAGAAAAAUCAUGAGGCAAAAUCUUACGAAGUCCAACUGCACUAUUGUUUCAGUAAGUACCCGUUUGCUUUUCUCUUCCACCAGUGGUAAGUAGCAUCCCAACCGUAUUGCCAUGAGUUAUGUCCAUCUUCCAUCUCCAACACGCGCGCACACACACACACACACAUAUAUAUACUAUGUAUAUCUGUAAACACCUGCACAAUAUAGUCAUGGUCAUAUAACUAUUGCCUUCCAAGCGUCACACCUCCUAUUGAUUAUUGCUGAUAUCAAACACUCCUGCUGGAUAUUCAGCUGGAUAACCAGUGGUCCAGCAGUAUGAGGCCUCUACAUUCCAAAGGGAGAUCAGAGGUUGAAGCCUCGGUGGAAGCAUGAGUGACUAAGAAGAAGAAAAAAAGGUCAUUUAAUUGAAGGUUGGCUGUUUAUCAAUCUGUAUUCUUUUCAGCAAAAACUCAUGUAUAUCCCAAUGAUUACUGUAUCCUCUUCACUUUUACUCCUUAGUUUAGUUUACGGGUAGAUCAACAAAAUGCUAAAUUAUUAUUGCUUAAAACUGUAAUAAUUACCAAAUGGGAAAGAAGGCAUCGCUGGCCAAAGCUGCUCCUUUGAUCUCAUCUCUCGCUUUCCUUAAAGCUAUAUAUUAGGCAACAUCAAGGUACACGAAGACCUAUUCUGA